GAGACAUUCGACCCCGCCAAUCCCGAGGCCUGGGAGUCCUACGCGGAGCGGGUCGAGUUCUACCUAAGGGCCAACAAGGUCACCGACGCAUGCUCAAAGAGGGACGUUCUCCUGAGCAUCUGCGGGCCAGCCACGUUCGAGAUCGCCAAGGGUCUCUCGGCUCCCGCCCGCCUCACGGAGAAGUCCUACGAGGAGAUCAUCAGGCUCCUCACCGGUCAUUUCUCGCCACAGCCUUCGCGGGUGGCCCGUCGGUUCCUGUUCCACAGAAGAGACCAGGCCGUGGGGGAAUCGGCCGCCGACUACCUGGCGGCUCUCUGCAAAAUCGCCGGGAACUGCAACUUCCCCCAGCUGGAAGACACCCUGGCCGACCGAUUCACGUGGGGCCUCCGCGACGAGAGGCUCCAGCAGAAGCUCUUCGCCAAAGAAGAGCUCACCCUCCAGAGCGCCUUCAGCGAGGCGGGGUGCCUAUUAUGGGGAAGCAGGGUGGUGGUCCCGCCUCCGCUGCAAAAGCGAGUCCUGGAAUCCCUACACGAGACCCAUCCCGGCAUAGUCCGAAUGAAGGCGUUAGCCAGGAGCUACGUCUGGUGGCCGGGAAUGGACGGGGAGAUUGAGACGUGGGUGCGCAGGUGUCAAACGUGUCAGGAGUCAAGGCCUGCGCCCCCCAGCGCCCCCGCCACACGGUGGGAGUCCACCCGGAAGCCCUGGUCGAGGCUCCACAUCGAUUUUGCGGGGCCAUUCCAGGGUCAAAUCUUCAUGAUCAUUGUGGACGCCUAUUCCAAAUGGCUGGAGGUCAUUCCUGUAGGGUCCACCUCAGCGGCCGCCGCCAUCAAAGCGCUGCGCAGGGUCUUGUGCACACACGGUAUUCCGGAUACCAUAGUCUCGGAUAACGGGACAGCAUUCACAGCGGCGGACUUCCAAGGGUUCCUCAAUAGAGCUGCGUUCCUUUUCGACAACCGGGUCACCCCCAACCCGGCCACCGGGGUCAGCCCGGCCGAGCUCCUCAUGGGGCGCAAACUCAUAACACGGCUGGACCGACUACACUCUUCGUCUUGUGCUCGGGGAGCAGAGAGCUUGGAUGAGCUCCUCCUGUCCUGCUCGUCAUGGGAUCUUUCAGCGCAUUGGUUUUCAUGCCGCCAUGAGCAGCGGUGA